AUGUCGGACUGCGUUUAUUUUUACACAAAACAUAUUGUGUCUCAAUCAGAGGAGAUGGCGUUGAUGGCGCCUUCUGGAUCACCGAUGAACAGAGGGGCUUUUGCUCAAGUCGUGUCCCACGAACAUAAUAUCGCUGUUGUAAAGUGGUUUGACAAUAAGUUUGUUUUAGCUGCAAGUACUUAUGUUGAAGCCCAUCCUGUACAGAAUGUAAUGCGGUACAAGAAAGAAGAAAAGAAGAAUGAUCUAGUCACAUGCCCAAAUUUAAUAAAGCACUAUAACGGAAAUAUGGGUGGAGUUGAUCUAGCCGACAUGCUAGUCGCUUUAUACCGUACUGAGUUGAAAGGUCAUCGUUGGUAUUUAGUAUUAUUUUCACAGAUUCUGGACAUCUGCAUCAAUAAUUUCUGGCUGCUGUAUCGUCAUGAAAACAGUGAUAAAUAA